AUGAUGGAAGAGUUCGCGUCCGAGUCCGACAGUGACUACACUAGCUAUUGGCGAGAUUGGUUUAUUUCAUCUAGGGGAAACGAGUACUUCUGUGAAAUCGACGAGGACUACCUUACUGAUCGGUUCAAUUUGACGGGCCUUAACACGGAAGUUCAGUACUAUCAGUAUGCCCUCGACCUCAUUACUGAUGUAUUUGAUCUCGACUGUGACGAUGACAUGAGAGAGACGAUAGAGAAAUCAGCUCGCCACCUAUAUGGUCUUAUACAUGCCCGCUAUAUCGUCACGACGAGGGGGCUAGCCAAAAUGCUUGAUAAAUACAAGAAAGCCGACUUUGGCAAGUGUCCACGGGUCUUCUGCCGGUCGCAUCCACUAUUACCAAUGGGUCAAACUGAUGCGCCCCAUCAGAAACCUGUCAAACUCUACUGUGUUCGGUGCGAGGAUGUGUACAAUCCCAAGUCCUCGCGCCACGCCGCCAUCGAUGGUGCCUAUUUUGGUACCUCAUUCCAUAAUAUCAUGUUCCAGGUCUACCCGGCUCUUGUGCCAUCCAAGAGCGCUGAACGCUACAUCCCUCGCGUCUACGGAUUCAAGGUGCAUGCCGCCGCCACUCUUAUCCGUUGGCAGAACAGCCAACGCGCUGAUAUGCUCAGACGGCUUCGCAAAUUGGAGGUUGAGAGUGGUUUCAAGGAAGAUAUGGGUGGGGACGACUUGGAUGAAGAAGAAGACGAGGACGAAGAGCUCGGUGCCGAUGGGGCUCAAGAUGCCAUGCAUGUCGUCGGCUAA